AUGUCAUUUAUCGUUGAUGUCGAAGUUAGACAGAGCACUAUCAGGCUAGUUUAUCAAUCCUUGAAAGAAGAUUAUUCAAGUGACAAAUGUGGACAAGAAGCUGAUGGAGGUUAUAUGUUGCAACUAAAAUUGUUUAACAAGACUAUUACAAAUGUUAUUGAGCGAAUGCUGUCUAGGUUACCUCAUGAUGAAUUGGUUAGCAGAGUUAUUACUUUAAAGGACUUAUUAAAUGAAGGCCAUGGAAGCAUUGAGAUAUCUGAACCACCUACAGAGGCUCAAACAAGGAUUAUAAAGAGUUUGGUUAAAGUUAUUUUGCAUCAGCAACAGCUCUCGAAUGGAACUUGCGGUACAGAAGAUGGUCAAGAUAACUUAAUAUUAUCAUUAUUUAUUGAAAGAAUAUACUGUGAAUUUCUACCUGAUACUUUCCCUGACGAUAUUCAAGUGGAUGAAACUGAUCAAAUACAUAAUUUAAUUAGAGUCACCUUCCAGACUAUGAAAAAUCCCUUUUUAGAAUCACAGAAGUGUAUUAACAAUAGAUACUAUAAAACGUCAUUAUUCUGUUGUACUAAUAACGUAGGUGUUGAUAAAGAACCGCCGAUAGAAGAGUUCGAUAAAAUUGAUUUAGAGAAUAGUAACGAAAUAUCAAGUGUUGAAGGUGAAACGUUGAAUUCUUUUCCCAGAAGUAAGAGUCAUAUAGAUUUCCUUCCAAUAUCUGAUGAAACUUUGGGUUUAAUAAAUGUCAAUCUACUACCGUCUAGAAAGUUCGAAAAUCUGUGGGAAUCACUUUAUUUUGAUCAAGAUAUUAAACAGGUCCUAUACAAUUACUCUACAAUAUCUUUAAAAAUUUCCAAUUUUAUUUCUCAAUCGAAUUCCAAGGAAGAUCUGAUUCAUAAUGGUAAUAACAAACUUCUUUUGGUUCAUGGUCCACCAGGUACAGGUAAAACGACAGUAUGUAAGGCUCUUUGUCAAAAAUUAUCUAUAAGAAAUAUAACUGGAAACGAAAAUAUUGUCAAACUUGAUAAUUACAAUGGGAUACUUUUAGAAAUAUCUUGUUCAAGAAUAUUUUCUCGUUGGUUUGGUGAGUCUGCUAAAAAUUUAACAAAUAUUUUUAAAGAUAUAGAAAACCUAUUAAUUCUAAAUGAAUCCACAGGUCGAUUUGUAUGUCUGUUAAUAGAUGAGGUAGAAGCUAUCGCAUUUUCGAGAGACAGUCUAUUAAGCAAAAACGAAACGACAGACAGCGUUCGUGUCGUUAGCACUUUGUUGACGCUUUUAGACUCUUUGAAGAAAUAUAAUAAUUUAUUGGUUCUGGCAACCUCUAAUUUACUAGAUUCCUUAGAUUCUGCCUUUUUAGAUCGCUCAGAUGGUAUAUUCUAUAUUGGGAAUCCCUCUCGAAUGGGCAUAAAACAAAUUCUUUUAUCAAGCAUUAGCGAAUUAUUGGAUUUAAAUAUUUUGAGGUCAAAUUACCGGAAAGUGGUAUUGAAGAACAAAAAGUAUAAUGAAAUCUUGGAUACUUUAAGUGAAGAAUGUUUUAAAAAAAAACUAAGUGGUAGGUAUACCAAAAAACUUUCCUUGAAAUGUAUUUCAGAACACUUUAGAGGUUUGCCAAUAAAUUUGGAUUCAUUCUUAAUCGCAUUGUCACAUUCAAUAUGCCAAAUUUAG